UGGAAAUGUCUGCUUGAAAAAUAUAAUAAUGAUAAUGUGGUUAAUUAUUUGCAACAGCUUUAUGCUAAUAAAGAAUCACAGGCAAAGGCGUUUGUGCUUAAAUUAUUUACAGUGGGAAUGUUGUCUACUUCUCAGAUUAAAAGCUAUAAUACAAAGUUUAAAAGAUUGAUAUUUAAUUCCAACACAACUAAAUUAGAACUUUCAGAGAAGUUAACAGCAUGUAUUCUUGAGGAAGACAAAAAAACUGAAUAUGCUUUAUUUCAUGUUUAG